CUGCGGGCUCGGGGGUGGGGAUCGGGCGGGAGCGAGGGGCAGGCGCGCAGUUACAGCGCUCAGUGCUCUCUUGGCAGAAAGUCCUGGAGCUGAAGGAGGAUUUGAAGCCGGUCCCCGCUGCCCCUGCGGAACAGCAGCCGCUCUUGCCUCGCUCAGGCCGAAAUGAGUUGAUUGCCCGCUAUAUUAAGCUGAGAACAGGGAAAACACGCACAAGGAAACAGGUAUCUAGUCACAUCCAGGUCCUAGCAAGGCGGAAAGCCAGAGAGAUCCAAGCCAAGCUCAAGGAUCAGGCAGCUAAAGAUAAAGCCAUGCAGAGUAUGGCUACAAUGUCAUCUGCCCAGAUUAUCUCUGCAACUGCCUUCCACAGUAAAAUGGCCUUGCCUGGUCUCCCGCGACCGGCCUACCCUGCUGUUUCUGGGUUUUGGCAAGGACCAUUGCCAGGCCAAGCUGGAUCUUCCCAGGACGUGAAACCAUUUUCUCAACAACCUUAUGCUGUACAGCCUCCGCUUCCAUUACCAGGGUUUGAGUCUCCUACUGGCCUCUCACCUUCCCCAUCAGCACCAGCUUGGCAAGGACGAAGGGUUGCUAGCUCCAAACUUUGGAUGUUAGAGUUCUCUGCAUUCUUGGAACAACAACAAGACCAAGACACAUAUAACAAACACCUGUUUGUGCACAUUGGGCAGUCAAGCCCCAGCUACAAUGACCCCUACCUCGAGGCAGUGGAUAUCCGGCAGAUCUAUGACAAGUUCCCUGAGAAAAAAGGGGGCCUGAAGGAGCUCUUUGAAAGGGGGCCAGCUAAUGCCUUCUUCCUUGUCAAAUUCUGGGCUGAUUUGAAUACCAAUAUUGAAGAUGAAUCCAGAUCUUUCUAUGGCGUUUCCAGCCAAUACGAGAGCCCAGAAAACAUGGUCAUUACCUGUUCCACCAAAGUGUGUUCCUUUGGAAAGCAGGUGGUAGAGAAAGUAGAGACAGAGUAUGCGCGCUAUGAAAACGGACACUACUCCUACCGCAUCCACCGCUCCCCUCUCUGCGAAUACAUGAUCAACUUCAUCCACAAACUCAAGCACCUUCCCGAGAAGUACAUGAUGAACAGUGUGCUGGAGAACUUCACUAUCUUACAGGUUGUGACAAACAGGGACACACAGGAGACCUUGCUGUGCAUAGCAUAUGUUUUUGAAGUAUCAACUAGUGACCAUGGUGCCCAGCAUCACAUCUACCGGCUGGUGAAGGACUAGAGACUCUCUGCCCUGAGAUGUCCAUGGAAUGCAUGUCUAAGAAAAAAGUCUGUGCUUGAACAACCCCUGCCCCCCAUACCAAACUGAAAAAUAAACUGCAGAUAUUGUGUAUUUUCAGAAAAGUA